AGGGAGCAAAGGAGUGAGAGAGAGGGAGAGACGUGCACACACACACACACAUACGGAGCGAGACGGGAGGAGAGAAGAGGAGUGGAGAGAAUGCCUGGCGAAAGGGUGGCGCUUCCUCGCUUGCUGCUUCCAGGGCCUCUGUGAGAGACAGACACCAUGGGCUGCAUCGGCUCCCGGACCAUCACAGCGGACGCUGUUCCUGUACGGAAAGAUGGGGAGCAGCAUGGGCGUGCCGAGUUUUCCUGGGAAGGAAUCAAUCUCUCUAUGGAGGACACUUCCUCCAUCCUGCCUCGUCUGAAAAGGAACUCCAACGCCUACGGGAUCGGUGCUCUGGCUAAGUCCUCACUGACAGGCGUGUCCCGUUCCAUGAAGGAUAAAGUAACUAAGCCCACUGCCAUGGCCUCGGGCAAAGUGGCUCACAUGAUCGAAUGGCAGAGCUGGAACACACCAUCCACUGGGACUGAAGGGGCUGUGGUCACCAAAAUCCCAACCUCGCAACGUGAGAAGGAGAGGCGGAUAGAGAGCGAAAUGUACAGUGAACUCAGUGAAGGAGAAAAGGAGGCCCGCUUCACUGCAGGAUUAAUGGCACAAUUUGCCUUAUCUGAGGCUACUUUGCUGGGCUGGAGAUCUAUGGAGGAAGAUGGCCUUUGUGCUGGCUCCAAACAAGGUAGCGUGGCCCACCUCAGUGAGACCAACCAGGAGAGCAUCACCAGCAGAGACCAGGCGAUGCAUCACUCCUCAGCCGACGUAUGGCCCAACACCUACGUAGCCCAGGGCCUCUACUGCCUUUCCUCCUCCGACGCCUGGGAGCCAAUUAGCAACGACCCCUCGGGCGUGGCCUCGCCGGCCGCCUACGUCAUGGCAGGUGGGGGAGGAGGGACGCCCGGUGAGGGCUACGGUGAUGUGGACAAUGUGGGGGGCUACAUCCAGCAGCAGCAGCCCCAACAGCUCACCCUGCAGCAGCAGAGCCAGCUGCAGCUCCAGCAGUUGCAGCAGAUCCAGCUGUACCAGCACCAGCAGCUAAUGCUCUACCAACAGCAACAGGCAAUGGAACACAGACUACACAGUGCAAACCACUCCCUCCAAGCCACACCCAACAGCACCAUUCACAGUCUAGGCCUGCCCACUCAUCCUCGCCUGGCUGACCUGUGGGGCUCUGCGCAGGUGGAGAUUGUCGGACACAUGAGCGGGCCAAUGGCUGACAUGGUUGUUGGUGUGGUCGAGACCUUGGGGGAGGAGCCAGAGGAGGAGAGCGAAUGCAUUUCAGAGCAACAGGAAGAGGAAGAGACUAAGGACGAUGAGGUUACGUUAACCUUAGAACCAACUUUGACCCCGUCCCCGCUUAGAGAAGACGUCACCCCGAUUGGAGGCACCGGUCCACAACUAGCACGCCCAGAACCAAUGGCAGAACGCAUACCCUUUGUGGUCACACCCUGCAUUGUCCAAUCGUUGGAGGAGAAGGACGAAGAGGUGGCCAAGGGGUCUAUUGUUGCCGUGGCGACCAAUUGAGGGGGAUAGUCAGAAAGAGUGACAAACAGGAUAUACCUAUCCAUAAUCCACCAAUCAAGCUAUUCUACUCCACAUCCAGCUAUUUACCCACUCUGGGACUGAGAAAAAAAACAGAACGACUUUUCCUGGAGGAGAAAGUAUUGGAUACGACAAUGAUAAAAGGGAACUUUAAAGACAAAUCUGUCGUUUUGCAGAAACGUGAGGACUUGUUUUGCAGUAAUAUUGAACUAAUGAAUUAUAAUAGAAAGAAUGGAGUAUAGAGAAAGAAAAAGGACGCUGUGAAAAGAUCAGUGCAUUACAGAGAAUCACAAGACAACCAAAAGAAAGUGCAUGCUUUUGAAAGUAAUUUAACAUUAAUAGUAAAAUGUAUACAAAGUAAUAAUAUAUACAAUACUGGUCAAAAGUUUUAGAACACCUGCUCCUUCAAGGGUUUUUCUUUAUUUUUUAAAACUAUUUUCUACAUUGUAGAAUAACAGUGAAGAUAUCAAAACUAUGAAAUAACACAUAUGGAAUCAUGUAGUAACCAAUAAAGUGUUAAACAAAUCAACAUCUAUUUUAUAUUUGAGAUUCUUCAAAGUAGCCACCCUUUGCCUUGAUGACAGCUUUGCACACUCUUGGCAUUCUCUCAACCAGCUUCAUGAG